UCAAGUACGCUUAAUUUGGCACACAGAGUUUUACUCAAAUCCAAGGUUAGGUUAUUGUUCAGUGCUUGUAAUCAUGGAUAUUAACAUUUGUACAGGCAGAAAACUCAAUGAAAGCCACAUAACUCCAUUUGGGCCAAAUUUACUGCUAGCUAAUGCUUGCUGAGGUCUUGACCUGAAAUUGUAUGCUUCUGCCAAAUUAUCAGUAACAGCAUUUUAUAUUGUUCAUGGAACUGAAUGUGCAUCCUCUCAGCAACCUCUAUAAUAACCACUGUAAGGUUGAUACAGAAGAGAAUGGCAGUUAUAACCAUGGUGACUCAACAAUAGGCUUAUUGAUAUGCAGAACUAAGUUCCACCAGUAUAUCUUCACAGAUUUCAGGUGCAGCCUCAUUGGGUUGAAUGGUCCUUAAUGAAAGAACAUAUCCUCCUCAUUGGAGAACCAGCUGAGUUGGAUGAGGAGAAAGAGGCAUGCUGAGAGAACAGUGGGACCUCCCCAAGAAACAACUGUAUGCUGACUCAUAACAAUGCAGCCCAAUCCAUCUGCAUCGGGACAGGCGGUUCCUAGGCAUCCCAGGCCACAAACACCACGUAGACAAUCAAUCUAUUUUACUGGGCCGCGUUUCCUGGGUGUUCUAGAAAGGCCAGCCAACCCAAACCAAACCUACGCACAGCAUCAUGGAAUUCACCUAGGCCACCGCUUGCCUCAUCCUCAGGCGGUAACCUGGAUGCCAGCCCCACUUCAUAUUCCCAACUGUCCUCCUGGAUUGGAAUAUUUAAGUCAGAUUGACCGGCUGUUAAUUCAUCAACAGAUUGAGCUGCUGGAAGUAUUGACUAGCUUUGAAACAUGCAACCGCUAUGAAAUUCGAAAUGACACUGGGCAACGUAUGUACCUGGUAAUUGAAGAAAACAACUUCUGUACACUGUUUUGCUGUGGAGCAGCACGGCCGUUCACCAUCAAAAUCUUUGACAAUAUGGGACACAACAUCAUACAGCUGAUGCGACCGUACCGGUGUUCCACCUGCUGGUAUCCUUGCUGUUUACAAGAACUUGAAGUCCAUGCCCCACCAGGCACCCCAAUUGGGUAUGUUAAACAAACAUGGGACCCCUGUCUGCCUAAAUUCACUCUCCAAAACGAAGCCAAGGAAGACAUGCUUAAAAUUGUUGGGCCCUGUAUUGUGUGCAGCUGUGGUGCAGAUAUUCGGUUUGAUGUGAUGUCACUGGAUGAGACAUGCACCGUUGGCAGAAUUUCCAAGCUGUGGACUGGCUUCUUGAAGGAACUCUUUACCGAUGCUGAUGACAUUGGGGUCCAGUUUCCCCCGGACCUUGAUAUUAAAAUGAAAGCCGUAGUACUUGGGGCUGCCUUCCUCAUUGAUUUCAUGUUUUUUGAACAUAGCCACGAUCGGCAUCAGCAAAUGGGGGUUUGGUAAUGCAGAGGCAGUUGCAUUCUAACAGAGCCAGAGAAAGUCCUUUGCUACUUCUAGUCAUUCUUGGUCAAAUUUGAUGGAGAGGUCUGUUUCUUUAAAAAAAAAAAGACUAUGUGGAGGUGAUGUGGUGCACAAACGUAGGUACUUUGGGCAAGAAAUGAUGGCCCUUUGUUUGUGCUUCAGACUGAAAAGAUGUCACAUAAAAUGCUAAAAAAUAUUAAAAAUGAGCUUUCUAAAAACAUGAAGCAAAGUUUCACACAAAAAGGAAUCAUACUUUAUACUGUAAUAUAUUUUAAUAAUAUAAUUUUUGAACAUUUUAUGUAAAAAUAGUCAAAUCUGGUAUGCAGAUUGAUAACAGAUUUUUUUUUGUUAAAUCUAUGUAUUUUUGUAUUAUAGUGGCACUUCAGUUCUCAUGCCUAUGGUUUCCUGUUUAAUGCCGGAUACUCUGCAGCUAAUAACACCCUGCAAUGAAUAAUGAUUUUAGUGGAGAAAAUAUAUGAAAUGCAUACAGAGCCACUGUAUGUAGUAGUCCAAGUACAGGACUAGAACACUGGAAGACCUGGGUUCCAAUUCCCACAUCUAUUGAAACCAACCAGGCGAUCUUGCACAAGACACAGUCUCUGUAAUUAUAUAUCUGUAAAAAUAUACUGUAAUACAUACCUUUGGUUUGUAAUCAAUAGCUGGUUUUCAACCAUUCUGUGGUGAUUGUUGUUCCUCUUAGUGAUUGACUAGAUUUGUUGAGCAAAAAUGUUAGUUCUAUGUACAUCACAAAGCAUUGCUGCAAUGAUCUGUCACAACUUCCUGGGUUCAUUUUUAAUAACAGAAGAUUCUGUUCU